CGUAUGGGGCCGCGGUGCGCGCAGCCUCUGCCCCAACGUACGGCCACGCUCGCCCACGCCCAGUGUGCCGCCAUAUCCAUCACCGUCACCCCGCCCAAGACGCCCGAUGGCAAAAACAUGUACGAGGCCUCGCUCCUGACCGCCACGGAAGCGGAUGCCGUGCCGGCAUACCGGCGCGACCCCCUCACCGACAUCGCCAUCCACACGUUCUCGGAAGCCCAGUUUAUGGCCCUCUUCCACAGUCUGGUUCGCUCCACCUUCAUACGGUUCGGCACCUUCGCCCUGGUUCAGCAGACUUGCGGCAUCCCCAUGGGCAUCUCCGCCGCCCCCUUCAUUGCCAACCUCUUCCUUGCGUGGUAUGAGUACCGCUUCAUGACGCAGCCCACCACCACGGCGCGGCAGAAAGAAGUGGUGCGCGCGUUCAGCCUCACCAAGCGGUACCUGGAUGACCUGCUGGCCCUCAACAACCGCUUUAUCAGCCGCCUCCUCAGCGUGGACCAGCGCUACGCCGGCAUGCAUGGGCUGUACCCAACGUCUCUGCAGGUGGAACCGCAGUCGCACCCCCACCUGCAAACGCAGAUACCCGCCGGCACCACCGCGAUGCCCUUCCUGGACAUUUUGCUCAUUUUACGCACCACGCCUAGUGGCGACGCCCGGAUCACCACACGCUUGUACGACAAACGGGUGCAGCCCGUGUUUGAUGGAGUGCGCCUGUCUCGGUUUAUUGGGGCUGAUAGCAACGUCAAUGAGGCCAGCAAACGCAAUAUCUUCACCGGCCAGUUCCACCGGCUGCGGCGUGUCGUCAUGGAAGUGGAGAAUUUUGUGUUCGAAUCCGCCAACCUCAUUGCCGCCCUGACGCAGAUGGGCUACUCGCGGGCCCGCCUGAUACGGGACUGCGCGCGGGUACUGGAGGCCACACCACAGGCCUACUAUAUCCAACGACGGCAGCGCCAACACCCUGAGUACGCGGACCUCGUGGGCUUGAUCCGCCAGUACCUGGCACGGCGCCGCCACUUCGACAGCACAGCCGUCCCACUCGAGUUAACGCAGACGCAUCACUGGUGACACUUGCAGCUUUUCCUUACGCGUUCA